AGAGCAAAUCUCGGCUGGCUCUUAAGUUUACUGUACGAGAGUAACUUCGCUUUAAGAAAGAGAAAGUUGCCAGCAGACGCUUUUCUCCCCUGUCCCCACGAAAGGGAUCCGCAUAUAUCCACUUUUAAAGAAUGCAUACUACCAUCAUUUCGGUUUGUGCAGUUAUAUCUCUAGGCUGUUUGCUUGGAGAUAUAAACUGCGAGCAACAGUCCUCAAUACCCGAAGACAAACUCCUGGUUUUUACGGUAGCUACCAAGGAAACAGAAGGUUUUAAGCGCUUUAUGAGAUCUGCACGGUAUUUCAAUUACACUAUUAAGGUGCUUGGUAGGGGUGAGAAAUGGAGAGGCGGGGAUUACAUGUCUGUACCUGGAGGAGGCCAGAAGGUCCGACUCUUAAAAUCCGCUCUUGAGGGGGUGAAAGAGGAAGACAAGAUCAUAUUAUUCAUUGACAGCUAUGACGUGGUUUUCGCAUCCGGUCCUCAGGAGAUGCUGAAGAAGUUCCAGCAGGCCCGGCACCGGGUGGUUUUCUCAGCAGAGGCUGUCAUCUGGCCCGACCGGCACCUGGAGGACAAGUACCCUCAUGUCAGGGAGGGCAAGAGGUUCCUGAGCUCUGGAGGAUUCAUUGGCUAUGUGCCGAACCUCAAAGCUUUGGUCGCAAACUGGACAGGAAAAGACAACGAAAGUGAUCAGCUUUUUUACACCAAGAUUUUCAUCGACCCAGAGAAAAGGAAAUCUAUAAAUAUCACACUGGACUAUAAGUGCAGAUUGUUUCAGAACCUCUAUGGAGCCCUGGAUGAGGUGGUUCUGAAGUUUGAGGAUGGACGGGUCCGGGCCAGGAACCUCAUCUAUGACACCCUGCCUGUCACUGUGCACGGCAAUGGACCUACGAAGCUCCAGAUAAACUACCUCGGCAACUACAUUCCCAGGACGUGGACCUUUGAGACGGGCUGCACCAUCUGUGACCAGGACCAGCGGGCACUCUCAGGGCUAAAGGAGAGCGACUAUCCCCUGGUGGUCAUCGGGAUCUUCAUACAGCAGCCAACCCCCUUCGUCUCUGUGUUCUUUGAGCGCCUGCUGGACCUGAAGUACCCCAAGGACCGGCUCAAGCUCUUCAUCUACAACCAAGAGCCGCACCAUGAGCAGCACGUCAGCUCCUUCCUGCAAGGUCAUCAGAAGGAGUACCGGGCCGUGAAGGUGAUUGGUCCGGAGGUGGAGAUGGACAGUGCCGCAUCGCGCAAUUUAGGAAUUGACAUCUGCCGGCAGGACAUAGACUGCGAGUAUUUCUUCAGCUUGGAUGUGGAAGUGGUUCUGAAGAACACAGACAGUCUCCGAAUUCUAAUUGAGCAGAACCAGCCUAUAAUUGCCCCCAUGAUCACCCGGCCUGGCAGACUGUGGACAAACUUCUGGGGUGCCCUGGGGGCGGACGGGUACUAUGCCAGGUCCGAAGACUAUGUGGACAUCGUGCAGGGUCUCAGGGUCGGGAUCUGGAAUGUUCCCUACAUAACCAGUGUGUACCUGGUGAAGGCCACCAUCCUCAGAACCGACCUCAUAGCUGAGAACCUGUACCAGUCUGGAACCCUCGAUCCCGACAUGGCCUUCUGCCUCAACGUGCGAAACCAGGGAGUCUUCAUGUUCGUUACCAACCGGCAAGAGUUUGGACGCGUGGUUUCCACAGAGAACUACCAGACCCAGCACCUGCACAAUGACCUGUGGCAGAUAUUUGAGAAUCCCGUGGACUGGGAGGAACGCUACAUUCACCAAAACUACAGUCGCAUCAUGAGUGAAAACCAUGUGGAGACCCCAUGCCCGGAUGUUUACUGGUUCCCCAUCUUUACUGAAGUGGCCUGCAGACACCUCAUCGAAGAGAUGGAGCACUAUGGCCAGUGGUCUGGAGGCUCUUCUACGGACACCAGGAUCCAAGGCGGAUAUGAAAACGUACCGACGAUUGACAUCCACAUGAAUCAGAUCAACUUUGAGAAGGAAUGGCACAAGUUCUUGUUGGACUAUAUAGCUCCUGUAACAGAGAAAAUGUUCCCUGGGUACUACACUAAGGCCCAAUUUGACCUGGCGUUCGUCGUCCGAUAUAAACCGGAUGAGCAACCGGCCUUGAGGCCACACCACGAUGCCUCUACCUUCACCAUAAACAUUGCUCUCAACCAAAUGGGCUUGGAUUACCAGGGCGGUGGCUGCAGAUUCCUGCGUUACGACUGCUCGAUCCAGGCGCCGCGCAAGGGCUGGGCGCUGAUGCACCCGGGCCGCCUCACGCACUACCACGAGGGCCUCCCCACCACAGCGGGCACCCGCUACAUCGCCGUCUCGUUCGUCGACCCUUAAUGGCAUAUCCGGCUGUGUCGCCUCCUAGUGUAAACGCAGGGAAACCACGUUACGAUGCCAAACUCCGUCUCAUAGCGAUCUCCCAAAGACUUGAAGCGGGUGAAAAGAUAAAGACAACCUCUUCUGCUGAGCAAAACCGGGCAUCUUGUAGGGACAGAGUUCAUUUCCUUACACAAUGUUAUGACGAAUAUUGCAGUUUAAAUUCUGUUCCACUGUAUUUUUCUGUCAGACUUGUUAUAGUGUGAUGUUACUUGCCAGUGAUGGUUGUGUAGGAUCUCAUGCUCACUAUGUAGCUCACUUGAAGAUGAUGAUUAUAAAAUUUCAUUUUGGCUCGUAAUAUUUAUUUGAGCAUUAAAGGUGAGGAAACAUGAACGAAUUUAAAGACAUGUUUAAAUUGACUAACCUGUACAACAAAUGAACACUCCUAUUUUUCAUGUUGAAAACAGGAUAGGUUCCUUUUAUGACUGAUACUGUUAAGUUCCAGCUAUGCAAACUAAUCAUGGUUCAUCUAAGUGCGAGAUGUUGAAAGUAUUUUAAUUUUUUAAAGGUUGCAACAGACAGCCCUACAUUUGUACGCGUACAAGUUCACCCAAUGACAGCAGAAUCGCCAUAUUGUGGAUAAAUGAACUUCUAAAUGAUCUUCAUUCUGGCCAAAUGUCAAUAAAACCAAACAAGCUGUA